UUCAUGAUAGCUGCUGCGCAUGUGCGAGAGAGAGAGAGUUCAAUAUUAAUACGUUAUCGCUUAUAAUGAGUCGUUUUGCGUCUCUAUUAAGGAGGACUUUUGGUGUAAUGAAAGAACAUGUCGGGACAGAUCAUUUAGGAAAUAAAUAUUACUAUAUACCCGAGCAGAAGACAUGGACAGGCCGGGUUGUUCGGGCUCGGCGGUUUGUGGAGGCGUCCAAUCCAACAGAGUUUGAGUACCUGGAAGGAAGCAUUCCCUCUGAAUGGGAUGCUUGGAUUAGAGGACGACGCAAGGAUCCUCCUACUGUUGAGGAGUUGCUAAAGAAUGAACAUUACAGAGAACAAAUCAAAAUCAAAGCGCAGGAGGCUGAAGAGAAAGACAGAGAACUGCAAGCCAGAGAGUAUGCAGAGGGACUGGUUGCACAGCCGAUGCAGACUCAGGUCAAAGGUCAUGCUGCUGCUACACAGUUUGGGCAGUCAGAAAUCAGUGAGGAGCCUGUCAGCACUGCAAACACGUUCCAGCCCGGAUCCUGGGCUCCUCCGAAAAAAUAAAACUGUCUAAAAGGGUGUCGUCAGUCAAGUCCCGGACUUUCAAAGGGCAGCUGUGAAAGAAUGAAGUGUGACCGUGAAUGUCCUGCUUUUUACUGCAAUUGAGAGCUUCACUGAAUGGGUGAAAAUGUUUCCGUUUUCAUAUCUAAAUAAACCUAGUGCAAAAUGUAGUUCUUUAAUGGUUGAUUGGAAACUUUAACUUAUGUCUUCUAUGCACAAAUUUCUCUCAUACUUUUGUUACAUUUGUUUUUUGUUUUUUUCCAAAUACAAUUCUGAAUUCAUUUGCUCAGGUAAUGUUAUUUUGUGCAUCUGUGUGCUUGUGAAAGAUAGUGAACCUAGUCUUGGCUGCUUUUUUACAUUUAUGCAUUAGGUUCUGUUUUACAAUCGGGUAUUACUUUACUGAGAUGUAAAUGAACGGCACAUAAUUUCAGAGCUACAGGUCAUAUACUGGGCGUGUUACUCGUAGUGAGAAGACAGCAUGUAGUGCAUUUCUAAAAUUGACCCGCUCUUAUAGUCCACAAGAGUAACGUAUACAAAGUGGAAAAACUGUUGGAAUAGAUGUGAUUAAGUACAAAUUUUCAAGUUACUAUACAGCGAUAUUUGUACAGGGUGGUAACUGUAAUAAUAACUGAAGUGGUGAUUACAGCCCUUGUGGUUUUCCAGAGAGAACACUUUCUGACAAACAUUUCAACCACAUGUGAAGCUCUGCUGCAAAUGUGUCUCACAUCUGUUUCAAGUCCUGUGUUGUUGUUUUUUUUUUUUACUGUGCAACAACAGUAUUCUGCUUCAAAAGAGAGACAUUUUCUUUAAAAAUCAUUUCUAACCUCUUCAUAUGAUCUGUUUUCCAGAGAGGACAUUUUUAACGGACAAAGGAUCCUGUCGGAGGCACAAAGUGUAACUUCCACUUAAAUAUCUUUCUAUUGUGAAUGAAAGUAUACUGUACAUCGCGAAGUAAAACCUAGUUAGUGCUAAAAAAAAAAAAAGCAAUUCUGAAUUUAACCAGUAAAAUCUGAGUAUAAUAAUUAAAGUAGAAUUAAAUGAAAUGACCACAAGGACAAAACCGAGCCCGCAAUUGACUCUUACAAACGUAUAAGAAAUUACAAGAGACAGUACUGCUGUAGGUAGGACUCUGGCCUGAGUUUCCCAAAAGCAUCGCAGCACAAAGAUCAUCGUUGAAUGGUAUACCGAGCAGCACAAUGAACACUCUCUCUCUCUCUCUCCCUCCUAGUUAAAGAUGCUCUUAGUGUUAAGAGGCUUUUGGAAACCCACCCAUGGUGUGUUCCUGUAAAAUAAAGUAUAAGAAACUCCAGUUUAUGCUUAUCCUGAACCUAGUUGCAGGAGUCAGUUGUUGUUAAAAAAAAACAUGAUUGUGAAACAACCCAUUGGCAGGCGUUUAUACAUGAAACACUUUACAAAUGAGGCCCAAACGCUAUUUUUUUUUUUUUUUUUAUGCCUCCGCCACCUUAAGGUGCAGGAGGCAUUAUGUUUUCGGGUUGUCCGGCUGUCCCGAAACCUUGUGAACACGAUAUCUCAAAGGCUAAUGAAAGGAAUUUCACCAAACUUUCACCAUGUGUGCGCUUUGGGACAAACAUGAACUGAUUAGAUUUUAAGGUUAAAAGGUCACAGGUCAAGAUUACUGUGAGGUCAAAUGUCCAUCCCCAAACCUUGUGAACGCCAUAUCUCAAAGGCUAAUGAAGGAAAUUCACCAAACUUUCACCAUUUGUGCACUUCGGGACAAAGAUGAAAUGAGUAGAUUUUGAGAUCAAAAGGUCUAAGGUCAAGGUCACUGUGAGGUCAAAUGUCCGUCCGAAAACCUUGUGAACACUAUGUCCAAGGCAAAUGAAAGGAAUUUCACCAAACUUUCACCAUUUGUGCAUUUGGAGACAAACAUUAACUGAUUAGAUUUUGAGGUUAAAAGGUCACAGGUCAAGAUUACUGUGAGGUCAAAUGUCCAUCCCCAAAUCACAACUUAAUAAGGCGUGUAGUCUACCAGGCGGAGGCAUCGAGUUCUAUCUAGUUUGCUCUACACUGGUUUUGAGGACACAUUAUCAUUCAUGUUACAUGUAUCUGACUGCCUCAUCAGAUUUGUCUUGAAGAUGGAUUUGGUGCCUGAACACGGGGGGGGGGGGGGAUCCACCCUAAAAGAUCCUUAAUCUUUAUACUUAACAAAAGAUCAAUUUCAUCCCGCAUUAUUUUACAACAAACUUUUGUAUUUAAACUUGUUAUUGAGGUUUUGAUCACUUGCCAAUAAUGCCAUUUGACUACUUGCUGUCAGUGGUGCAAGUGGGAAUUUGUCUUUUCCUCAAGAGAACAAUGCAGCAGCACUUUAGUUUCCAGCUCUCUCAUCUCUUCCUCUGUACACUCUGCUCAAAACAGAUCAGCUUCAACUUUCAUUCUAGUACCACCAUCAACGCCAUCGUGUUCGUCACGCAUCUCUGCUGGAACUCAGAGUUCAAUGUUUGCUGUCUCCACUACGAUGUAUUUUUCGCACUAAUCUAAUAGUGAACGUUGUGAGAAAAUAACGAAUAGAAAAAAAAACACACUCUUGCUCUUUUGUUUCUAGGAGUAAACAGGAAAACCUAAGUAAAAUCUGUGACAUCAUAACCCAAAACCUCAUGCAAAGAACAAUGACAGCACCAACCAACACCAUUAAACUCAUCACAAAUAAUUCAAUAUACACAUGUAAUGUGUUUCAGAGUGAAGGUUUCCUUUAACACCAACCCCUUGAGCUUUUUCCAUCUGUCUAAUGUAUGUGGACCUUAUUUAAACAGUAUUUAAUAAAUAAAUUGUGAUGUGUAUUUUGCAGUUGUGUUAUUUGCCCAAAUUUGAGAUUGUCAUUCUGAAUCUUUAGACAAUAUCAGUAAAAUACUAUCACAAUUCUUAAAGCACAGCCACAUGGACUGGACAAACAUUAAGACAAUUCAGGCUGUUAAGAGCUCUUUUUAAUAAUAAUAAUAAAAACUUUAGUGGAUGGUAUUGGAAAAGGUCAACGUUAAAAAAAGUAUUGGAAUGCCGAGUGCUGCAAUUGUGUUACAGCAGUGAAUUUUCCAGAAAAAAAAAAACCAAAACACUGCAGUUCUGCAAAAGUGAUCUCAAUUAAUCAGCCCGCAUGACGUGCACUCUCAUGGUGAGCGAUAAGGCCGCCUCGAAGCCCCGUUUCACCCAAAGCCCCUGCAGGAGCUGCUCUGGGUUUUGCACAGCUACGAGGGUUUUUUUUUUGUUUUUAAAA